GUCUAAAAUCUAUCAAUAUCCAUCCAAACCACACACAUCAUCGCUUCUUCUCUCCCAUUUUUCCCUAUCUUCCAUCAAUCAAUUGACCCCAAUUCCCACCAUUAAAUCAUCGUCUUCAUAGCUUACUCCCGGUGUAUAUUAGUCUUAUAAUACUCAGUAUUCCUGAAGGACGAGAAGGAAUUCUUGUGGAAGUGAAAUGGCGACCACCACAUCCGCUGCUGUUCUACACGGCCUGAGCUCCUCCUCCUCCCUCUUGGCCGCCGGCAAGAACAGCCGCGCCUUCUGGACCGCUCCUCCCGCCGCCAGAUCCCGCUGUGCUUCCGCUUCCCGCAGGAGGCUGCUCGUUGUGGCAGCGGCCACCGCCGCUCCUCAGAAGAAAUCAUGGAUCCCCGCCGUUAGAGGCGGCGGCAACCUUGUUGACCCGGAAUGGCUCGACGGAUCGCUGGCAGGGGAUUACGGGUUCGACCCGCUGGGUCUCGGAAAAGACCCGGCAUCCCUGAAAUGGUACAGGGAAGCGGAGCUGAUCCACGGCAGGUGGGCAAUGGCGGCAGUGGUGGGCAUCUUGGUAGGCCAGGCAUGGAGCGGCGUCCCGUGGUUCGAGGCCGGGGCGGACCCCGGAGCCUUGGCGCCCUUUUCCUUCGGCAGCCUCCUGGGGACGCAGCUCCUCCUCAUGGGGUGGGUGGAGAGCAAGCGGUGGGUGGACUUCUACAACCCGGACUCCCAGGCCGUGGAGUGGGCCACCCCGUGGUCGAAGACCGCCCGGAACUUUGCCAAUGCCACCGGCGAGCAAGGGUACCCGGGGGGGAAAUUCUUCGACCCGCUCUGCUUCGCGGGGUCCAUUCAGAACGGGGAAUACGUCACGGACUUCGAUAAGCUGGAGCGGUUGAAGGUGGCGGAGAUAAAGCACGCCAGGAUUGCGAUGGUGGCUAUGCUCGUCUUCUUCCUCGAGGCGGGGCAAGGGAAAACCCCUCUUGGAGCUCUGGGAUUGUAAUCCUAUAUAUAUAUAUAUAUAUAUAUAUAUAUAUAUAUAUAUAUAUAUAUAUAUAUAUAUAUAUAUAUAUAUAUAUAUAUAUAUAUGUAUGUAUGUAUGUAUGUAUGUAAAAGAGAGUUCAAAUUGUUGUAGUGUUGACAUGUGGCAUGCCACAUGUGCAUCCACAUGUGCACUCACUAAUGAUGUGAAUUUAUGCAUUUUAAUUUAUUGGUCCAUUUUGAUUUUUUAAAAAGAUCUUUGAAUACAUUUGCAUAAAACUUUUUCAUUUUU